UGUGUGUGUGUGUGUGUGUGUGUGUGUGUCGGGGAGGUGCUGAACGAACAGCUCCUGCGGCUCAUAAAAACACGCAGGGAGCUCCGGCGGCUCCGUCACAGCGACGCGCACGAGCCAUGAGCCAGCCGAGCUCGUCGUCCUCCAGCCCCGCGCUGCCCCUCCGCCCGCGCCCCUGACGCACACCGGCUCCCAACCAUGAAGCGGCAGAACGUGCGGACCCUCGCGCUCAUCAUCUGCACCUUCACCUACCUGAUCGUCGGCGCCGCGAUCUUCGACGUGCUGGAGUCGCAGGAGGAGAUGAGCCAGAAGGAGCGGCUGGACGACCGGAAGAAGGACCUGCUCCGGAUUUUCAACCUGUCCGCGGAGAAUUUUACGCAGCUGGAGAAGGUGGUGCUGCAGCUGAAGCCGCACAAAGCCGGGGUGCAGUGGAAGUUCGCCGGCUCCUUUUACUUCGCCAUCACGGUGAUCACAACCAUAGGGUACGGCCACGCAGCCCCCAGCACCGAUGGAGGGAAGGUCUUCUGCAUGCUCUACGCCCUGUUGGGCAUCCCGCUCACCUUGGUCAUGUUCCAAAGCGUGGGCGAGCGCAUCAACACCUUCGUCAGGUUCCUGCUCCACCGCUUGAAGAGGUGCCUUGGGAUGAGGCGCACCGAGGUCUCCAUGGCCAACAUGGUGACCAUCGGUUUUAUCUCCUGCAUGAGCACGCUGUGUGUGGGGGCCAUGGCCUUCUCCCACUUCGAGAAGUGGAGCUUCUUUCAUGCGUUCUACUACUGCUUCAUCACGCUCACCACCAUCGGCUUCGGGGACUACGUGGCUCUGCAGAAAGACCAGGCCCUGCAGACCAAGCCCGAGUACGUGGCCUUCAGUUUUAUUUACAUCCUGACGGGCCUGGCUGUGAUCGGCGCCUUCCUCAACUUAGCCGUGCUGCGCUUCAUGACCAUGAACGCCGAGGACGAGAAGAGGGACGCCGAGCAGCGGGCGCUCCUCGCCCACAACGGACAGGCGGGCGGGCACGUCAACUGCUCCGCGGACCCGGCGUCCCCGUCCUUCACGCCGCCAGGCUGCGGCGGGGGGAGUGCGGUGGGCGGGAGCGGCGGCGGUGGCGCGGCGAGCCGCGGCCUGCGCAACGUUUACGCCGAGGUGCUCCACUUCCAGUCCGUGUGCUCGUGUCUGUGGUAUAAAAGCAGGGAGAAGCUGCAGUACUCCAUCCCCAUGAUCAUCCCCCGGGACCUCUCCACCUCGGACUCCUACAUGGAGCAGGGAGAGGCCUUCUCCAACCCCCUCCACUCCAACGGCUGCAUGUGCAGCUUGCAGCACCACUCGGGCAUCAGCUCCGUGUCCACCGGCCUGCACAGCAUCAACACCUACAGGAGACUCAAUAAGCGCAGAAGCUCCAUCUGAAAACACCAUGAAAACAACGUUUUGUGAAGCGGUGCCGAAUUAACCGUGGACAUCAAAGGAGUUAUUUUACGGUCCUGAGGAGGUUCACUGUUGCUUGUUUGGACCCGAAGAGCCUGCUGCUGCAGACGCCAGACUUUUGACUGCAAAACACAAACCACUCAGCACCAACAUGGUUCCCGACACCUGUGAGAAACAAUGCUAACGGUUGUUACCGGAGGAUUUGUUGCACGUGCAACUCUGCAAUAACCUCAUUCUGAUCUCAGCAUCAGACAGGCGUGAAGUUAGAAAAAACACUGUGAGGCAUGUUUGGAAGACUGGUUGGAGUGUUUUAACUUUACAGUUCUGAUAGCAGAUUGUUUCAAGUGGGGCUUGGUAGAAAGGGUACGAACAGUAAAUAUCUUACCUGUUUUAGAAAGCUCUUUGGAMAAACUUAGUUUGGAUAAUCGAUACUGACUAAACUGACACAGUAAUCGUUGUUAAAUGAGCCAAACGGGACUGCGGCCAUCUUGAAACACCUACAGUAAAAAAAAAAAUAGUGGUUCAUUCAAACACUACUACACUGCCUGAAAGUAAAUAAAAUAUUACUAAAAAGCAUUAAAUUUAAAAAACAAAGUUUUGAGAUUAAAGUUGAUUGACGACAGCAGCAAACCAUUUUCCUUUUGGUAAUUAUAAAUGAGCCGUUAAUCUUUAUUUCUUCAAACUGGGGUCGUUCAAAAAUCCAUCUACAACAGGUAAGAUAAUAAGUCUUCAUCACCUCACUUCAAAUGAUCUGACCCGUUUCUUCAAGAAAUGUUUAAUUCAUAAACUCAGACCCAAAUUUUCCUAAAAGACUUUCCAAGAUAAAUUUUUGCUUGCCUGUUAAAAUAGAAGGUGUACAUUUACAGUAUAUAUUUGAAUAAUUUAUAUUUAUCUGUURUUGAUGGAAAGUCUAUUUUUUCAGUGAAAUUAAAUAAAAAAGAAACAAUGUAGCGUCUUUUCUUGUGUGUCUGUAUUUACAGUACAGGUCCAAGCCAAACUUUCUGAUUUUUGUUAAAGUUUGUCUYUUUUAUUUUGGGGGAAAAGUGCAAAAGUAAAAAAAAAAAAACAGCAGAGAAUAAAAGUUGGUUUAAAUUUCUUGUACAGGAGACACAUUUCUGAGGAUUGAAUCCGAUGCAGUUGUGUCUUUAAGGCCUCUUCGCCACCCUUUUCAGACCUCAGUUCAAACGUCUAUGAAAUUAUUUGUCAGAGUUGGAUGUUUUACAUGAAYCUGUUUUAUGUACAUAUUGCUCAACGUGUUUUAUUUAUGGCUUGACUUUAAUCUGGGAGUUGAAACCACAGCAUGUAAGCUUGAUGUGUGUUGUAGAACGGCCUAUCMUACUCACUGCUGCACCUUAGAGGACUCUUGUUGCUUUCAGACACUGGGACUCAGUGCAUGAUGGGAUACGAUUCACUGUUUAGUUACAGCCUUGUGUUAGAAGUCAGAAGACUUGAAAACUCUGUUGUUGAGCGGCGUCAGUGAUGACAAGAGUCAGAUUUUGCACAUCUUGCACUUAAAGGGGGGUCUUUGCUCCGGCCCCGUCAGAACACACUUGAUUCAGCCAACUGAGGUCUUUAUACAGUGUUUUGUUUUUUCUCUAAAUGAGCUUUUAUUUUAUUUAAUUGUAUUUUUGUAGUUUCUUUGUGUCCUUUCAGUCCUGUUUUUGUUUUUAAUGUUGAGAGAAGCCUGCUAACAUCAUUUCUCGUGACUGAUCAGAACAUUUGUAUGUCAUCAUGCAUUUAUAUGACUUUUCUUUGACUAUAAUAAAUAUUAUUUAAUGUCAAAAGUCA